UUCCUGUCCUACCAUGACCACCACAUCAACUACGGGAGCAGCUCGGGGCUGCAGGACCGAGUGGCUUUCGUGCAGAACGACCCCAGUCAGUACGACGCCUCCAUCCGCCUGGCCGACCUGCAGGUCUCUGACACCGGGACCUACCAGUGCCGGGUGAAGAAAAACACCGUGGCCGUGCACGAAGUCAUCGUCACCGUGCAAGAGAAACCAGUCAUCCCACAGUGUUGGACCGAGGGGGAGUUGAUAGAGGGGAGCAGCGUCCUGUUGAGGUGCUACAGCCGUGGGGGCACCUCCCCGCUCGCCUACCAGUGGGCCAAGCUGGCUGAUGGACGUGCUCCUGGCGACCUGUUAAUCCGUAGCCUGUCAGAGGUCCACGUUGGCAUCUACCAGUGCCGCGUCACCAACCGGGUGGGCUACUCCGUGUGCCAGAUCAACAUCAGCCUCAAGCCAAGUAGGCAAGCGGGCAUCAUCGUGGGCUCCAUCCUGGGAUCUCUCCUGCUCCUCAGCUUGCUCGGGCUCCUCAUCUGGGCACUGAUCUGUCGGUACCGUCAGAAGGAGUGUCAGCGAGCCUGCAGCGACUGCAG